AUGUUACAUUACACAGGUUUAGUUCGCGUCUGUGUGUGGGUGAACGGGGACCAUGUGAAACCAUUCCCUUGCUGCUUGAUCCGGGCCUCGGAAAACAUUCCUGCCAAUCGUGACGUUCCGGUAACGGGUUCAAUUUCUGAUUUGUUAAGUUCCAGUCCUACUCGACCUGCAAUCCACGCACGGAAUGCUAAAAACCCUGCCAGUGAACAGAAAUCUAAUACGCUCUCGGCCACUGGCACAGUAACCCCAGCCCCUCCCUAUCAGAAUUCACCGCAUGGACGGUCAAUAUUCACUGAUGCUUCGUACAAAUUGCCUAGCGUUGACUAUACAUGUAACACAGAACUCACAAACCUCAGUCUGGAUUCCCGGACCGACGAUUUGAAGCUCCCGGACCUUGAAACAGACUCGGCUAGCCACGAGUCAUCUAUCUCAAGUUCAUCCUUGGAUGACUUUGGCACAAGAAACAGACCGAAGAAACCUAGACCUGUUUACGACACAUUUAACGUUGCGACAACAGGUAUCCGCACUAUGCUUUCGUUAAAACGUGCUUGGGCAAAUCUCUCAUACUGGGAGUCCAAUCACCAUGUCGCAAAAGGCUGGUUCAGUCUGGAUGACCCUGUGACCUAUAUACUUUAUGCUGAGGGCAUUUCCAAACAUUCACCGAAGUCGUCUUCCGGUCGUCCCGGCGAUCAUUUCAGUUGUGUUCGUCAUUGUCGCGAUGCCAGUUACAUUCGUCUCUUUCCUUUGGUCACGCAGCCAAGCCCAAGACCUCAUAUCAGGACAAUCUGUUCUACGAAACUACCGGGGUUUAACGAUAGUAACUUCACUCAUACAGCACAAAAGAGAUACUCGUUCUUCUUCCCAACCGAUUCUCGCACCCCAGCGAGAUCUUCUACAAGCUGGCGACAGUGCUACCGUCUAGGCGGAAGCGGCCUUGUUCUCUCUUUGACCCCCCACGGUCGCAUAUGGCUGGAUAACCAAGCGAUCGCGAACAAUUUGACCGUUUUCGUUUCCUCACCCUGUCUCUCACGUGGUUCCAAAUCCACGAAUGCUAUGUGUUGGCCUGUUCGUCGUGUACCCUCAGGUUUCUCCAUUGUGAUAUUCGAUUUGCUGGCGUACCAACGUCGUUUGCCUGAGUCUUUCCGAACUGAUACUCCUUCUUUGGCGAAGGCUAGCAGAAGUGACACACAGGCUAAUCUCAUUUCUUCUCUGGUUCAUCAUCCUUUGGUUCAUAUUAGUUUAGGAAAAGGAUGGGGGCCGGGUUAUCGCCGCCCAGACAUUACACACUGUCCAGCCCGCUUGGAACUAUGGAUAAACACAGAUUCUUUACUUGGGCUGAUCGACAAAUGACUCACACGGUCAGUAACUCAGCUUCAAUGGGUGUUCAUCUUCUGAGUGAAUUUCCUCCUCCUCCUUCUGACACUUCAUGUGCAUUCUUCCCGGCUACUUUUUAGUCUCAGUCAUUACUUUUACUUAUUCAGUUCCUCACUUCCGGUUCCCAAUACUCGUCUGUGAUAGUUGCAUUUGCAUGGCUAAAAUACUGCGCUGUACAACCAGACAGCUGAUCACCUACGCUGCAGUACACUCGAUCGUGUACAGUUACUGUACCACUCUGUUUCGGUGGGCUCUUUCAGAUUCGUAUCUACCUCCUAUUUUGACAUACUUCGUAUUUCUACGUUUCAAUGAAUCGUUCACACUUCUUCAGGAUUUCUCUUGCGAUAUCUGCGUCUUCCAUAUGCCUGACACAAAC